ACUUUUUAUGAUCAUCCAGCAGCUGCCUCUUGCCUCUCGAAAUCUCCCACUCUCCCCCUUCUUCUUUUCAGUUCUCCUUUCAAAUUCUUCGUUGUUCUGCAAGACUUCUGCAGCUGGGGUAGCAAGAACUUUAGCUAUUUAUAUAUAAACAUGGGAGACUCUUCUGCUUCAUACAUUCACUUGGUGCACCAUUUAAUCGAGGAGUGCAUCAUAUUUUAUAUGAGCAAAGAGGAGUGCAUGGAAGCCCUCUCUAAGCGUGCAAACAUAAAACCCAUCAUUACCUCCACAGUGUGGAAGGAGUUAGAGAAGGAGAACAAGGAGUUCUUUGAGGCCUACAACAAGAGCAGGGAAGCUAGAUCCUCUGAGAUGGUCACAGAGCAAAGAAGCCAGAAGAUGCUUUUUGAUUCUCAGAGGGGCGACAACUCCACCACCACCGAUGACGGCGGCGAUGAAUCUGAUCAGUAGUAGAUCCCUUUGUUUCUUAUGCAGAAAACGAUCGAUAAGAGAUGGCCUUUUUGGCUUCAAUUGCUCUUAAUUAAUCUGUAACAUCAGGGAAAAAAGUGGCUUAAAACGACAGGCAAAAUAACAAGUUGUCCAGCACAACACAAGGGCAAAUACGGACGGCACAUACGACGUAUCGUGUAGCAGUCAUCAAUAGUAGUUGGGAAUUGUAAUUUGUAAACCCUUGAGAGUGCGUGGGUGGCUGGGGUUAGCUUACGUGCACACAUGGCAGAGCGCGAUGAGUCCCAUUUGUGAAAAAUUUCCAGACGGGACUGAUGUGUACAUAUUAAAUUCUAAAGCAAUGAGUUUUUUUUUUUUUUUUUUUUUUU